AUGGAUGGACGAAGCCGAGCUGUUGAUUGUACCUGGGAAGAAAAGUCCAAGAUUUUUGCUUCGAAAAGAGAUGAUCUAGUUCGCGAAUGUAAAGAACUACAAAAAAAAGUGGCAGCAACCUUGAAGAACCCUUUCGAGCCAAGUGACGAGGGGCCUGGCAACAGUCAAGCUCUCCGUAGGUCAAUGAAUGACCAUUUCAUGCAAAUGCUUCAUCUUCUGUACACACUGGAUCAACUAGGCAUAGAUGAGACAAAAGCAGGGCUUUGUUUCCGCGCGAAAGUACAGAUACUCAGAUUCAUUAUUGGAGGCGUCAUUGAGGAUGGCUCAGUGAGACUGGCCGAUCAUCGCGGGAUUCUUGAUGUCGUAGGCACACACUUUGGAAGACUUACCCUUGAUCCCGAUGGAGUUUGGGAUGAAAACGCAGAUCGGAUGGAUGACAAGGCAGACAAGGUAUUUAAGCAUUACCGUGACCUUGCUGAGAACGCCGGCCGCCGUGUCUGGCGAAGUGAAGUUCUUGGGCGGGACUUGAGGUGGUUCCACGACUGUUGGCGCCUGGUUGCGUGGUAUGAACCACAGUGUGGUUGUUUACAAUGUACCUCCAGGUCCCAAGUGUGCACUUUCAGGGGGGCAUGUUGGAGGCAGGAUGAUUAUGAGGUCGUAAAUCGUGUCGGGAUUUCACCGGGGGUCGAGACCUUAGAUCCUCUUGAGGGUUGGGAGAUGGAGAUGAAUGAUUGUUUGGGUGAGACUUACUAA